CUACAUGGACUCAAAAGUUAAGAGAGAAAAAAGAAGUAAAAGAGAGUCAACUGAUUUCUCUCCACAAAUUGCACCGCCCAUUUCGCCAAGCAUGACGAUUGAACAUAAAAGAUUCUUUAUUGGAGCGUUUUGUCUUCUAAUUGUGUAUCAUUAACUUCAACUUAGCAUGCCUUAAUAUUAUAAUCCCCAUUAUUUUUAAUUUAUUAAGAAAAACUCAAUCAUGACACUAUGAAUAAUAAAAAAUACAAGAUAAACUUGCACCAAAAGAAAACCAAACAAAACAACUUAUAUAUAUACACACACUAAACCCAAAUUACGACAUGAAAAACCAAAUACUCUCUCCUAACCCCAAAACCCCCCAAUGGGAAACUUCAAAACCCCAUCAACAAACGACAUCGGAUUUUGUCUUCUCCCCUCGGAACUCAUAGAGAGAAUUCUCAUCGGUUUUGCCUUACCGGAGAUCAUCCGUUUUAAAUUGGUGACCAAAAACAUAGCCGCGAUCAUCUCUAAUCACGAUUUCGUUCGCCAGUUCAAUUCGCGUUGGGGUUCAUCCACGUGGCUCUUUCUCUUCAAGAAACGACGCCGUUGCGAUUCCGUGCUCGACGGCUUUGCCGAUCAAGCCGACCGCUGGUUCCGGUUCUCCAUCUCCGACUUGUUGAAGCCCGCGAUUUUUCCCGGGGAGGAUCUCUUUUUCUUGACGGCAAGUGGGAAUCUGUUCCUUUUUGCCUCCAACACUCUUCAGUCUGUUAUUACCGUUAAUUUAGUUACGAAUACCGUUAAGAAGAUACCUCCAAGUCCUUUAGGCCGACGUGGCACCUGUUCUUGGCGGAGAUCCGCCAUGAAACUGGUUCCCGGUCCAAUCGGGUCGGAUCAUUUCCGGUUCUUUUUCGCGGAAUUGGUCGAACAACGAGUGAUCGUCUUUGUGUACGAAUCAGAGAUUGACAAGUGGCGGUCAAUGGAGGCACAACAGGAUGUCGGUAUUAUGCCACGUGUUGAUGAAAGGGAAGGUAAUUUUAUUUUUCUAACUCUAAUUAACCGUGCAAGUGAGAGCAUAAUAAUUGCGAUCAAGCUCGACACAAACACGCCAAUAAUCCUACGGCCGAGAUUCGAUGGCAGGCGGAACGAGAACAGACAAUUGACGGUUGGAUUCAGCUGGGGAAACCGUAUCGAUCGGCUACACGUGUACGGUGAUGGGUUGAUGAUGAUCGUGAAAUCCGACGGAGCAAACUCGGGAAGUGGAGUUAGGAUGUUGAGUGGGGUAGAGAUGUGGGGGCUGGGAUUAGAGGGAAAUGAGUGGGAGUUUAUAUCGGAGUUACCGUGCACUGUGAUGCAGAAGAUUACAAAGCCUUACGGGGUUAUGACAGGGUGUUUGGAGGGUAAAAAUGGUAUAAUAAAGGGUGUUUUGAUGUCUAACUGCGAGGGAUUGUGGGACAUAAUUUGGAUAUGUUACGACAUUAGGAGUAAAGAGUGGAAGUGGGUCCCACUUCCUGAUUGCAAAAUGAAGGGACUCAAUAUGGCUGGAAUUGCCUUCUCUUCAGGCCUCACACUUUCAUAAACCACUCUUCACAACAUUUGAGUGAAAUGUGUGAUAUGUAUAUAAAGAUGCAACUCACCUUUUUUUCUUCUUUUCCACCAUUCUACAAAUACUUGUAUUUUGAAUUAAUAUUAGCUAAUGUACAAUCUUAGUUAAGUUAACGAUGAACGCGAAUAUAUAUAUAUAUUUAAGGAAGAAAUAAGAGAA